AGCAAACCUCCCUCUGUGUUCUACGUCUGCGUUUCCUACUUUCUUUCAUUCUGAGAGUUUGAGAGGAAGAAACCUUUGAACUCUUUUCCUUCCAAGAACAUGUCGCUUCUUUCAGAUCUUGUUAACCUUAAUCUCUCAGACUGCACUGAGAAAAUCAUUGCUGAGUACAUAUGGAUCGGUGGAUCUGGCAUGGACCUCAGAAGCAAAGCAAGGACUCUUUCUGGACCUGUGAGCGAUCCUUCAAAGCUUCCCAAGUGGAAUUAUGAUGGUUCCAGCACUGGUCAGGCUCCUGGAGAAGAUAGUGAAGUGAUCUUAUAUCCUCAAGCUAUCUUCAAAGAUCCAUUUAGGAGGGGCAACAAUAUUCUUGUCAUGUGCGAUGCUUACACUCCAGCUGGUGAGCCGAUUCCCACAAACAAGAGAUGCGCUGCUGCAAAGAUAUUUAGGCAUCCUGAUGUUGUUGCCGAAGAACCCUGGUAUGGAAUUGAGCAGGAGUAUACCUUGUUGCAGAAGGAUGUUAAAUGGCCCAUUGGAUGGCCUCUUGGUGGCUACCCCGGACCUCAGGGACCUUAUUAUUGUGGUGUUGGGGUCGACAAAGCCUUUGGCCGUGAUAUUGUUGAUUCUCAUUACAAAGCUUGUUUAUAUGCUGGAAUUAACAUCAGUGGCAUCAAUGGAGAAGUGAUGCCAGGACAGUGGGAAUUUCAAGUUGGUCCAGCAGUCGGCAUCUCUGCUGGAGAUGAGUUGUGGGUUGCACGUUACAUUUUGGAGAGGAUUACCGAGAUAGCUGGAGUGGUGCUCUCCUUUGAUCCUAAGCCAAUUCAGGGAGACUGGAACGGUGCAGGUGCUCACACAAAUUACAGUACAAAGUCGAUGAGAUGUGAUGGAGGCUAUGAGGUUAUCAAGAAAGCAAUUCAAAAGCUUGGGCAAAGGCACAAAGAACACAUUGCUGCAUAUGGAGAAGGCAAUGAGCGCCGUCUCACUGGGCGACAUGAGACUGCUGACAUUAACACUUUCUUAUGGGGUGUUGCAAACCGUGGGGCAUCCAUCCGUGUUGGCCGGGACACUGAGAAAGAAGGAAAAGGGUAUUUUGAAGACAGGAGGCCAGCUUCAAACAUGGAUCCAUACGUUGUAACUUCCAUGAUUGCUGAGACCACCAUCGUGUGGAAACCAUGAGGGCAAUUGCUAGCCCAUCUUUGUGAUGUCGUUGCUCUCUUUCCAUGGUACAAAGGAAAGAGCUUACCUUUUGUUUCCAGUAGGAUACACUCAUUUCUGUUCAGUUAGCACAGCUUUCUUUCCAUUUUCAAGCUGUGCAUCAAGGGCAGUAGCCCUUUAUAUUCGAGGUAGCAAGGGUAGUUUCUGUUGCUUCCUUGCAAUUACAGUGUUAAAUAAAUACGAAUGCUUAUAUUUCAAUAAUGAAAUCUGAAAGGGCUGGAUUUUCAAUUUCAGAAUCA